CCGACGCGUCGACCUGGAGGCGGCGGAGUGGGCGUGGCUUGAGCCCGGUUCUCCUUCGCGCCCCUCUGAGGGGACGGAGGCUGCGUGGCGCUUGAGGCUCCAGCAACGGCUCUUCUUCAGAAAAUACCCCUUCAGAGUGGACUACAAUGGAGAUGGUGCAACCACUCUUGAACAGUGAUGCAACUUUGGACCUUCAGGAGCAGGAGACCAACAAAGAGGAAGGGCUAGGAGGAGAAACAGAAGAUUCUGAAGAAGCUCAACUUCUAUGUACUGCAGGUGAUCCAAAGAUGGAAGCCCUGGACAGCAGAAAAGAGAGAAUUCCUAGAGACCCAGAGACCUGUGAUAUCCCUUUUUAUGUGUCUGAAUUUGUGGAAAGGGAGGUUGGAACAGACUAUGAGUCAUUAAGCAAGCUUGGCGGACUUAUCGAACAGCUGUCACAAAAUAAAGCAAAGCUAGAAGAACAGGUACUUACAGUUUCGUCUGAAGUUCCCAAAAGAAUUCAGAAGGCCUUACAGAAUGCAGAAGACUCUAAAAAAUCUUUCAAUCAGCUUCUAGAGAAGGAAAGCCUGUUGUACGAUUCAAUUAAUAAUCACUUGAUGACAUCCAAGCCAUGGAUGGAGGAUCUCGGUGUACUGAUAAGUCAAAUAAAAGAAGUUGAAAGGCACCUGGCUUAUUUAAAAUGGAUUUCACAAAUAGAGGAGUUAAGCGACAACAUUCAGCAAUAUCUCAUGACUAACAACGUGCCAGAGGCUGCUACAACUCUAGCAUCUAUGGCUGAAGUUGAUAUCAAGCUUCGGGAGUCAUCUUGUUCUCAUCUUCUUACUUUUGUAAGAUCUACUGUUCAAUUCUGGCACAAGAUCCUGAAGGAUAAAUUGUCAAGUGAUUUUGAGGAGACUUUAAAUCAUCUUCAUUGGCCAUUUGUUGGACCAACACAAUCCCAGCCAUUCGGCUUGGCUACAGCGCCAGCCAACACCCAAGAGAUAUUCACGAACUUUGAGACACUCUUUUCUCAGCUUCUGAAACUACAAACUUCAGAUGAACUAUUAACCAAACCAAAACAGCUUCCAGAAAAAUACAUUCUUCCCCCAUCUCCACCUAUCAUACUACCUAUGCAGAUCAUGCUGGCUCCUCUUCAGAAAAGAUUCAAGUAUCAUUUCACAGGAAACAGACAAACAAAUGUGCUGAGCAAGCCUGAAUGGUACCUAACCCAGGUACUCAUGUGGAUAGGAAAUCAUGCUAAGUUUCUUGAAGACAAAAUCCAACCAGCGUUGGACAAGGCAGGUGUAUCGGUGAAUGCAAAGAUGGAAUUUUCCCGAGCUUUGGUGAUGCUGAUCCUUGAGAAGCUGGCUGCUGAUAUCCCUUGCUUGUUGUAUGACGACAACCUCUUUUGUCACCUGGUGGAUGAGGUACUUCUGUUUGAGAGAGAGCUGCACAGCGUUCAUGGGUAUCUCAGCAGCUUCCCCAGCUGCAUGCACAUUCUGUCAGAAGAAACCUGUUUUCAAAGAUGGUUAACUGUGGAAAGAAAAUUUGCUCUUCAGAAGAUGGACUCGAUGCUUUCAUCUGAAGCUGCCUGGAUAUCUCAGUAUAAAGACAUUACAGAUGUAGAUGAAAUGAAAGUCCCAGACUGUGCUGAAACUUUUAUGACUCUGCUGCUGGUUAUCACAGAUAGGUAUAAGCACCUUCCUGCAGCUGCUCGAAAGCUGCAGUUCCUAGAGUUGCAGAAGGAGCUGGUGGAUGAUUUCAGGAUACGGCUAACUCAAGUUAUGAAGGAAGAGACCAGAGUGCCUUUAGCCUUUCGCUACUGCGCCAUCCUCAACGCUGUGAACUACAUAGCGACAGUCCUGGCAGAUUGGGCGGACAACGUCUUCUUUUUGCAGCUUCAGCAGUCGGCGCUGGAAGUUUGUGCUGAUAGCAGUGCCCUCAAUAAGCUGCAGCUGGGACAACUGGCUUCUAUGGAAAGCUCCGUAUUUGACGACAUGAUCAACCUCCUGGAGCGACUGAAGCAUGACAUGCUGACUCGUCAGGUUGACCAUGUCUUCAGAGAAGUUAAAGAUGCCGCCAGGAUGUACAAAAAGGAAAGGUGGCUGUCUUUGCCCUCCCAGUCAGAACAGGCCGUGAUGUCUUUGUCAGCCACUGCCUGCCCACUCCUAAUGACCUUGAGAGACCAGCUCCUACAACUAGAGCAGCAGCUUUGCUACUCGUUGUUCAAAAUCUUCUGGCAAAUGCUUGCAGAGAAGGUGGACUUGUUUAUCUAUCAGGAAAUAAUUCUGGCCAAUCACUUUAAUGAAGGAGGAGCAGCGCAGCUGCAGUUCGACAUGACCAGGAAUCUUUUCCCUUUGUUCUCACAUUACUGCAAGCGGCCAGAGAAUUAUUUCAAACACAUAAAGGAGGCCUGUAUUGUGCUGAAUUUAAAUGUUGGCUCAGCCCUGCUUUUAAAGGAUGUGCUUCACUCAGCCACUGAAAACAGAACUGAAACCAUCAUCCUGAAUUCAAGUCAGCCCACAGCAAUGGCAGCAUUAAAUGAACUUGGAAUUUACAAGUUAGCUCAGCAAGAUGUUGAGAUUCUUCUUAAUUUGAGAACACACUGGCCUAACACUGGGAAAUAAGCAAAUAGAGAGAUCGAUCACUGUUGCAUUCGGUGAGAAACAAAGCCAACUUUAUCAAUGCUCUUAGUUUUCUCUGUGCUAAACUAAUCUUUUCAGCGAAGAUGAAAGAGCUGUAUACAUGUCAGUUUCAAAAAUACAAUUUCGUGUUGGGUACAGUUCAGUAAGUAUUAUAAGUGAACAAUAUGUUCAGCUGGAAUAUAUUCUUGUCUAACACCAGUGCAACAAAUAGAGUUUUCUCGGCUGACUUUCUGUGGUAAUCAAGUUAAGUUAUUUUCAUUACAGGGCAUAUUCCAAUGCAUCCCCUGUACACAAGCAACAAGCCCCUUACAGGAACAUAUUAAGAGUGUGUGUCUCUUAAUCUAAAGGUUGUGGAUUGGGGCCCCACAUAGGGCAAAAGGGUUGGACUAGAUGAUCUUUGUGCUCCCUUUGAACUCUACAAUUCUGUGAUUCUAUUCUAGGAUCCUUCUAGGAGUUUGUGGGAACUGCAUUUUAUGAGCUUACCUGAGUUGCUUCCCCUUGUUGGCUGUUCACACAAAAUACUGUAGGUUUGGCUGGAUUGUUGUUAGGGUUUUCCAACAACUCUUUGCAAGGGCUCUGAGCUGUUAACGCCAGACAUAUUGCAGUGGUCCGCUAUCAACACUAGGGGCUUACAGUGGUUUGCAGCAUUUUCUGUGAUUUCUAUGCCUUCGUCUGGAAGUCUAGAGCACUCUGAAACAGCUGCAGCCCUAAUCAAACUGAAGAUCAGCCAGAGAGAACUUGAGAAACUGGUUUGUCUUUUUGCCUUCCUGGGCUGUUGUUCCUGUCGACAUCCCCUGUUGCUGAGGACUGAGAUUCUGCAUUUUCCCUGAUGAAGAGCAAGUAGACAACUGUUUAAUUA